AUGUUGGAGCAUAUGAUCCGGGAAGGAAUAGAUACUCGGAUCAAGAAUGGGGAAGGUUUAGCGGCGAUACACAUAGCCGCAAAACAAAGGACGUGGGACCUGUUUAAUAUACUGGUGAAAGAAGGAUCAUCACUCGAGUCGGAGGACAAUGAAGGAAAAACUGCGUUAUUUUACGCUUUUGAAGGAAGGCAAUGGGGCAAAGCCGUCAAACUGUUGCGACUUGGAGCGAAGGUAAAUCACUCUACCAAAGAAGGAAUGACGCCAAUCAUGGCGGUGUUCACAAAAUCAAUCAGGUACAUAUACGCAGGAGGAAACAACUGGAGCGACGAAUACACAGAACUAAUCAACAUCGUAAGAAUACUGUUAGUCUUCGGGGCAGAGGUAAACCGGGGUACAACAAAAGAGGGCAUUACACCAUUGCAUAUGGCCGCACAUAGGGGAUACGGGGACAUAGCAGAAAUACUACUAUCAUACUACGACAUCAACAUCACGAGCAAGAGAGGGGAAAAUGCUCUCCAAUUCUGUAAAUACCCCAGGCAAGAGGAAUGUAUGCCAAAAGGGUAUGUGUCAGGGAUCCCAGACAAUACGAUAGAUCAUUCAACCCGGGAACAUCGCGAAACACACAAAUUACUCAGACUCUGGCUUCUAAAACUACGUGCUAAAAAAAAAAAGAUAACGGAAGAAUUUAAAUCAGAAACACUAAACAUCACGGAGGAAGAGGAAUUCCUGGAAGACGAAUUUAAAAAGGAGUUGACAAGAAUGGAAAAAGAAGUUAUAACGCGGCAGUGUGGAGAAAGAAUAACUUUACGCGACGUUUGGAACGCUUCAACCGAACAAAUGCGGACCUACAACAGGCAGAAAAAAUUCGAGGAAAUAUUAAACAAUGAUACAAACAUACAAGGUGACUUUAGAAUCGAAAUUGAAGGAAAGAUAAGACUUGCAACAGGACGAAAGAAGGUGGAGAAACUGGUGAAAAAAGAGCUAGAAAAAAUUAUGUUCCUAAGACACCUACAGGACCAUCAACUUGAUAAGAUAGUCGGCUACCUUGGGAUAGGGGACCUAGUCCAAAUAGCAAACCCACGAAGGAAGACCACGACCGAAGCACUGGGAUAUAAAAAACUUCGCGAGAUGCUAUUAACAUGA